AUGUUCGUCCGUUCGGAUGGCGGAGCUCUCGCCGGGCUGUUUGUGCUCAGCGCCUCGCUGCUGCUCGUCUCGGGGGAGGAAGCUUUCUCUCAGGUCCUGGCGGUUGUGGCAGAAGCGGUGUCCGCAGCUCUGAACGUGCUCUUCCACAACGUCUCGCAUGUCCUGCAGGCUGCUGGAGUCCAUGGUGUCCCCGUCCCAAAAGUCUCCCCAGACGGGCUGAUCUUUGUGACCCAGUGGCUUAUCCUGGCUCUCAUUGGCUACUGGCUGAUCUCCCUCGUCUUCGGAUUGGUCGCCUCGGCUCUGAGGCGGUCUCUGUGGCUGCUGAAAGUGGGCGUGGCUUUGCUGUGUUUUGGCCUGAUCGUGAGCGACCGCAGCGUGGACGCCGACACCACCGCCAUCCGAUUGGCCGCCCUGGUGUGCGCCUGCGUGCUAUUGGGCGUGGGGACGGGGCGGGGCUCCGCGGCGGCUGAUAGGACGGCUCAGCUGGAGCAACAGCUGAAGACCCUGGAGAGACGGCUCGGAGACAUGGAGCGGUGGAGCAGGACGGAGGAGUGACAGAAGGACUAAGACUAUGUCUGGCCCCCCCUCAUGCCACAUGAUGCCUUUAAGGACUUCUGGAACUUCAAAAGAGAGGUUUCUACAGUUUGGAUCAUCCCUACCUGAUGACUGAGUCAUUCCUGGAAGCAGGGCUUCAUUAUUCUACGUGUUUUUAUACCGUUUCUCUCUUUUAAAUGGCGCUUGUGUCCCAGUGGGACGGAAUAAGCAUUCCCGUCCAUGUUCUAAUUGUCCUUUACAACAUGAAAGAAACAUUUGGGGACAACUUCUUCUACUCCUUCUGUUUCUCCAGUUAGAUG